AUUUUAGGGAGCUCGUUGGGGGAACCUGAACGGCAGGGAGAAGAGAAAGACAAAGAAAAGACUAGUUUUGCCACCUAAAGAGAGAGAGAGAAAGAGAUUGAGAGAAACAGAUAGAGAGACUGAUAAGCAACAGAGAUGUAGUUCCCCAGAUCAUAUACAAGUAUAUAUACCAUAUAUUAUAUAUAUAUAUAUAUAUAUAUCUCUGCAAAGGAUUCUGAAAGGAAGAGGGAAGGGAGCUGUGACUCUUACCUUCAAAUGGAGAGUGGGGAGGAUCAGUUCUCUGCUUUGGAUGAAGGAGAUCCAUUUGGUUUUGAACUUGGAGUGAAGGAAGGGAAUGAGAGGAAGAGGAGGUUUAGUGAAGAGCAAAUCAAGUCACUGGAGAUGAUGUUUGAGACACAGACAAAGCUGGAGCCCAGGAAGAAGCUACAGAUGGCCAGGGAGCUUGGCUUGCAGCCUCGUCAGGUUGCUAUAUGGUUCCAGAACAAGAGAGCACGCUGGAAGUCUAAGCAGCUGGAGAGAGAAUACAGUUCCAUGAGGUUAGAGUAUGACAAGCUUCUUUCCAACUUUGAGAAUCUCAAGAAAGAGAAGCAAGUGCUGGUCAAACAGGUAGCUUCUUUCAAUGUUUGUAAACAGUUGCAGAAGUUAACAGAGUCACUGGAGAAGCAGAGGGAGGAGAGCAGCAAUGAAGGUGAGUCUGAUAAUGGAGAUAACAAGGGAAAAGAGGCCGCUGUAAAACAAAGCAGAGGAUCCGAUGCAGGAUUUGUCUGCCCAGUUGUUCAAGAACAACAAGUGGAAGACACAAAAAUGGAGAGACUGAACUACGUUAAUCAGGAUGAAAUAGAGCUUGUAGGAGCACCUGCAUCAACUUCUUUGACAUCAACCGAGCAAGAGUGUUGCUUUGACUGCACUAGUUUACCGGACCAGCAAUGGUGGGAAUUUUGGCCUAUGACUGAAUGAUAUAGUAUAAUGAAUAGUUUUUUGUUUUCAAUACACACCUGCUCCAUGAAAUCUGUGUAGCCUUUUCCAGUUCUGCCAACCGCCAUGGCCAGUAGUAGACCUUGGUUUUAGAAUCAAAUAAUUGAGCAGCCUGUAAACAACAUCCACAAUGUAAAAGCAUAUCUGGGUUAUAGAAUGUAAUGAACUGCAUGUGUUUACUGUUUA